AGCGGUGCGGCCCUGUAAAAGCGCCGAAGCAUUAUCCCCGGGUUAGAAGGUUCCUGGGUGUUCUCCUUCGUGAUCUACGUUUAUGUCUGCCUACAUUCUGGGCCAUGGACACAACCUUUAGCAGUAAUAAUAUUAGUUUUUUAAUACCUACCUAGUAAAGCAAAGAAUCGUUUGGAAAAUAAGUGGCUGGAUUGAUUGCAGACUCUGGUUGAGGCUUGUUGGCCAGUGAAUGCAUAGAGUGAAGAAGGUCAAACUUGGAGACAAAACAGAAGGUUACUGGAAAAGUUGUUUAGGAGGGAAUAUGACGGCGGUGGACGGGCUAACAAACAGCACAGAGGUGGUGGAGAUGGAGGACGGUCCAUCUCAGUUCUAUGUGGAGAAGCACUCGUGGGGCGGCCUGCGUGACAUCAUCCACAGCAGCAGGAAGUACUCAGGAAUGAUCGCCAACAAAGCGCCCCAUGACUUCCAGUUUGUGCAGAAAAACGAUGAGUCAGGCCCCCACUCCCAUCGACUGUACUACCUCGGAAUGCCUUACGGAAGUAGAGAGAACUCACUGCUCUACUCGGAAAUCCCCAAGAAGAUCCGGAAAGAGGCCCUCUUGGUGUUGUCGUGGAAACAGAUGCUGGAUCACUUCCAGGCCACGCCGCACCAGGGGGCCUAUUCCCGGGAAGAGGAGCUCCUUCGGGAGCGGAAGCGCCUGGGAGCGUUUGGGAUCACUUCCUAUGACUACCACGCACAGACCGGCCUGUUCCUCUUCCAGGCCAGCAACAGCCUCUUCUAUUGUCAGGACGGGGGAAACAAUGGCUUCAUCCAGUCUGCGCCCAUUAAGCCGGUGGAGAUUAAGACACAGUGCUCAGGGACCCGGAUGGACCCCAAGAUCUCCCCAGGACAGCCCAACUUCAUUGCUUUCAUCAACAACAACGACCUGUGGCUGGCUAACAUCAAGUCUGGGGAGGAGAGGAGACUCACCUUCUGUCACAAAGGUCUGGAUAAUGUGAAGGAGGAUCCCAAGUCUGCGGGCGUGGCCACGUUUGUGAUACAGGAGGAGUUUGACCGCUUCACUGGCUACUGGUGGAGUCCCUCUGCCGUAGAGGACUCAGAUGGGGGCAAAACUCUGUACCUGCUGUAUGAAGAGGUGGAUGAGACGGAGGUAGAGAUCAUUCAUGUUCCCUCUCCAGCCUUGGAGGAGCGGAAGGCCGACGCCUACAGAUACCCCCGCACAGGCAGUAAAAAUCCUCAAACCACCCUGAAACUGGCUGAGAUAAAGACUGACAUACAAGGAAAAAUCGUGAGCAUUCAAGACAAGGAGCUAGUUCUCCCCUUCACCACCCUGUUCCCUGGGACGGAGUACAUCUCCCGCGCAGGAUGGACGACUGAUGGCAAAUAUGGUUGGGCAGUGCUGCUGGACCGCAGUCAGAGGAGGCUCCAGCUGGUGCUGCUGCCCCCGGCCCUCUUCAUCCCCGUCACAGAUGACCUGGCCCAGAGGCAGAAGAACCUGGAGGCCGUGCCCCAUGACGUCCAGCCCUACAUCGUCUACGAGGAGACCACCGACAUCUGGAUCAAUGUUCAUGAUAUUUUCUAUCCAUUCGUUCAAACUUCAGAGGACGAGUUCUCUUUCAUAUGGGUGAAUGAAUCCAAAACGGGCUUCAGCCAUCUGUACAAAAUCACAUCAGCAUUGCAACCAGACUGCUACCAAUGGUCAGGAAGCUACAAAUACACAGAGGGAGACUUUAAAUGUGCAAUCAAGGAGGAGGUGACUCUGACCAGUGGGGAGUGGGAGGUUUUGGCCAGACAUGGCUCCAAGAUCUGGGUGAAUGAGGCCUCUAAGCUGGUGUACUUCCAGGGCACUAGAGACACUCCCCUGGAGCACCACCUCUAUGUGGUCAGCUAUCAGUCCCCAGGGGACGUGGUCAGACUCAGCAAGCCUGGCUUCUCCCACAGCUGCUCUGUAAGCAAGAACUUUGAUAUGUUUGUCAGCCAUUACAGUAACGUGAGCACUCCCCCCUGUCUCCACGUCUACAAGCUGACUGGCCCCGAGGGAGACCCUCUCCACAUGGUGCCUGAGUUCUGGGCCAGCAUGAUGGAAGCCCCAGGUUGCCCAGGAGACUACAAAUCUCCGGAGAUCUUUGACUUCCCGGGAAAGUCAGGCUUCCAGCUCUAUGGAAUGGUGUACAAGCCUCACAACCUCCAGCCUGGCAGGAAGCAUCCCACAGUCCUCUUUGUCUACGGUGGCCCGCAGGUCCAGUUGGUGAAUAACACCUUCAAGGGGAUGAAGUACCUGCGUCUCAACACCCUGGCCUCUCUGGGAUACGCUGUGGUGGUCAUCGACGGGAGAGGCUCCUGUCAGAGAGGCCUGAAGUUUGAAGGGGCUCUGAAAAACAAAAUGGGCCAGGUGGAGAUUGAAGACCAGGUGGAGGGGCUGCAGUACGUGUCAGAGAGGUUCAACUUUGUGGACCUGAGUCGCGUGGCCAUCCACGGCUGGUCCUACGGAGGCUUCCUCUCCCUCAUGGGCAUCAUCCAGAGACCCAACGUCUUCAAGGUGGCCAUAGCGGGCGCUCCCGUGACGGUGUGGAUGGCGUACGACACGGGUUACACAGAGCGUUACAUGGAUACACCUGAUAACAACCAACAGGGCUACGAGGAGGGCUCCGUGGCGCUGCAUGUGGACAAGCUGCCCAGCGAGCCAAACCGCUUGCUGAUUUUACACGGAUUCCUUGAUGAGAAUGUUCACUUUUUCCACACCAACUUCCUGGUGUCACAAAUAAUCCGCGCUGGGAAGCCAUAUCAGCUACAGGUCUACCCCAAUGAGCGACACAGUAUUCGCUGCCCUGAGUCAGGAGAACACUAUGAGAUCAUGCUGCUGCACUUUCUACAACAAUACCUCUGAAAGUCACCCCCCUCUACCCCAUUCUGAAACCAACUGUAUACCUCCCCCGAAACCUCCUCAACCCAGGCAUAAAGACCUCUCUGCAGCCACACCCAACUACUCCCAUCUUUACCAUGAACUGGUGAUCCCACUCAAUUAUACCUCCACCUGUCUCGGUGUUCUCUCUUUCUCUCUCUCUGUUCUCUCGUCCCUGCACCUAAGGAGAUCCAAGGCAGGGUUGUCAAGUUUCACCUCGGACCGUGGAGUGAAAGGGGACAUUAUCUGGAGGCUGUCUCAAUCUCUCUCCCUCUCCACCUCGGACCGUGGAGUGAAAGGGGACAUUAUCUGGAGGCUGUCUCAAUCUCUCUCCCUCUCCACCUCGAACCGUGGAGUGAAAUUGGACAUUAUCUGGAGGCUGUCUCAAUCUCUCUCCCUCUCCACCUCGGACCGUGGAGUGAAAGGGGACAUUAUCUGGAGGCUGUCUCAAUCUCUCUCCCUCUCCACCUCGGACCGUGGAGUGAAAGGGGACAUUAUCUGGAGGCUGUCUCAAUCUCUCUCCCUCUCCACCUCGGACCGUGGAGUGAAAGGGGACAUUAUCUGGAGGCUGUCUCAAUCUCUCUCCCUCUCCACCUCGGACCGUGGAGUGAAAGGGGACAUUAUCUGGAGGCUGUCUCAAUCUCUCUCCCUCUCCACCUCGGACCGUGGAGUGAAAGGGGACAUUAUCUGGAGGCUGUCUCAAUCUCUCUCCCUCUCCACCUCGGACCGUGGAGUGAAAGGGGACAUUAUCUGAAGGCUGUCUCAAUCUCUCUCCCUCUCCACCUCGGACCGUGGAGUGAAAGAGGACAUUAUCUGGAGGCUGUCUCAAUCUCUCUCCCUCUCCACCUCGGACCGUGGAGUGAAAGAAGACAUUAUCUGGAGGCUGUCUCAAUCUCUCUCCCUCUCCACCUCGGACCGUGGAGUGAAAGGGGACAUUAUCUGGAGGCUGUCUCAAUCUCUCUCUAAUUGUCUUCCCUUUCUCUGGACUGUUUUGCCAAAUGUUUUUCUUUUUCCUCCAUUUUAUUCACUCUAGUCAGUGGUAGGAUUGGGGUUCCUCAAACUAAAUGGAAUCUAUACACACACACACACACGCAGCAUAUUGGAGUUGGUGUAAUGGCUAGAGGAAGAAAUGCUGCCUUUACCUGCAUUCAUUAACUAUUUUAAGUGUGUAUUGUUAAAAAAAGAAAAUAUUUUUAUGGAUUCUUAUUCUUUUAUAAUGAGUGUCAAAUGAAGUCGCUCAUUGACAUACUAAAGUCAUUUUCUCUCCUCACAUUGCAGUGCUCACGGUGUCGGCUUGCCUUCUGAAGACAUACCAUGUAUGCCAAAGUACUUCUUGACUUGAUCGUGCUGGUAUUUCCUUUUUUACGGCAAUUACGAUACGAGUACGAGCAGCCAAGUCUUAAACAGCGUUGUACCACCUGAAUAAAAUGUGUUUGUGAUGAUGAAGAAUAAAUACAUGUAUGAUGAAA